UGCCUACUUUGCAUUUUGGUCUGAGAAGUAAGUGAGCAUGUUGCGUGUGUUUCUCUCCCUCGUAGGUGUGGUGUCAGCACAGCGGCAGGUCACCGUUCAGGAAGGACCCUUGUACCACACGGAGGGCUCCCACAUCACUAUCUGGUGCAAUGUGAGUGGCUCCCAGGGACCUCCUGAGCAGAAUUUCCAGUGGUCCAUUUACCUGCCUUCGUCGCCAGAGCGAGAGGUGCAGAUCGUCAGCACCAUGGACCCUUCCUUCCCCUAUGCCAUCUACACCCAGAGCGUCCGCGGAGGGAAGAUCUUCAUAGAAAGAGUCCAGGGGAACCCAACCCUAUUGCACAUCACAGAUCUUCAGGCCCGGGAUGCCGGAGAAUAUGAAUGCCACACACCCAGCACCGAUAAGCAAUACUUUGGGAGUUACAGUGCAAAGAUGAACCUAGUGGUGAUCCCAGACUCCCUGCAGACCACUGCCAUGCCCCAGACUCUGCACAGAGUGGAGCAGGACCCACUGGAGCUCACUUGUGAGGUGGCCUCGGAGACCGUUCAGCACAGCCACCUGUCUGUGGCCUGGCUCUGGCAGAAAGUUGGCGAGAAGCCCGUGGAGGUCAUCUCCCUGAGCCGAGAUUUCAUGCUUCACUCCAGCAGCGAAUAUGCCCAGAGGCAGAGCCUGGGGGAGGUGCGGCUGGACAAGCUGGGGAGGACCACCUUCAGCCUCACCAUCUUCCACCUGCAGCCUUCUGACCAGGGCGAGUUCUACUGCGAGGCCGCCGAGUGGAUCCAGGAUCCGGAUGGGUCGUGGUAUGCUAUGACCCGAAAGCGUUCCGAGGGAGCAGUGGUCAACGUCCAGCCAACUGAGAAAGAAUUCACUGUUCGGCUGGAAACAGAGAAGCGGCUGCACACGGUGGGCGAGCCGGUGGAGUUCAGAUGCAUCCUGGAGGCUCAGAAUGUUCCCGACCGUUACUUUGCUGUCUCCUGGGCCUUCAACAGCUCGCUCAUCACCACCAUGGGCCCUAACGCUGUGCCUGUCCUCAACAGCGAAUUUGCUCACCGGGAAGCCAGGGGACAGCUUAACAUGGCCAAAGAGAGCGACAGUGUCUUUGUGCUGAAGAUCUACCACCUCCGCCAGGAAGGUAGCGGGAAAUACAACUGCCGGGUGACUGAGCGAGAGAAAACCGUGACGGGGGAAUUCAUUGAUAAGGAGAGCAAGCAUCCCAAGAACAUCCCCAUCAUAGUCCUCCCCCUCGAGAGCAGCAUCUCCGUGGAGGUGGCCAGCAAUGCCAGCGUCAUCCUUGAGGGCGAGGACCUGCGCUUCUCCUGCAGCGUCCGCAUGGCAGGAAGGCCGCCGGGUCGCUUCUCUGUCAUCUGGCAGCUUGUGGACAGGCAGAACCACCACAGCAAUAUCAUGUGGCUAGACCGGGAUGGCACCGUGCAGCCAGGCUCGUCCUACUGGGAGCGCAGCAGCUUUGGGAGCAUCCAGAUGGAGCAGGUGCAGCCCAACUCAUUCAGCCUGGGCAUCUUCAACAGCAGGAAGGAGGACGAGGGCCAGUAUGAAUGCCAUGUGACUGAAUGGGUGCGGGUGGUGGAUGGCGAGUGGCAGAUUGUUGGGGAGCGCCAGGCCAGCACUCCCAUAUCCAUCAUAGCUCUUGAAAUGGGCUUCGCAGUCACAGCCAUCUCCCGGACACUGGGGGUGAUCUACAGCGACUCCUUUGACUUGCAGUGUAUCAUCAAACCCCACUACCCUGCCCAGGUCCCCGUGUCAGUGACAUGGCGUUUCCAGCUGGUGGGCACGGUGGAGUUCCAUGACUUGGUGACCUUCACCCGGGACGGAGGGGUCCAGUGGGGGGACAGGUCCUCCAGCUUCCGAACCCGAACUGCCACCGAGAAGGCUGAGUCCAGCAACAACAUCCGCCUAAGCAUCAGCCGAGCCAGUGACACGGAAGCAGGCAAGUACCAGUGUGUGGCAGAGCUGUGGCGGAAGAACUGCAACAACACCUGGACGCAACUGGCGGAGAGGACCUCCAACCUGCUGGUGAUCAGGGUGCUGCAGCCAGUGACAAAGCUGCAGGUGAGCAAAUCGAAGAGGACCCUCACCCUGGUGGAAAACAAGCCCAUUCAGCUGAACUGCUCAGUCAAGUCUCAGACCAGCCAGAACUCCCACUUUGCAGUGCUCUGGUACGUCCACAAGCCCUCAGAUGCCAACGGCAAGCUUAUCCUGAAGACCACCUACAACUCCGCCUUCGAAUAUGGUACUUACGUGGAGGAGGAGGGCCUGAGAGCCAGGCUCCAGUUUGAGAGGCAUGUGUCGGGGGGCCUGUUCAGCCUCACCGUCCAGAGAGCCGAGGUCAGCGACAGCGGCAGCUACUGCUGCCACGUGGAGUAGUGGCUGCUGAGCCCCAACUACGCCUGGUACAAGCUGGCAGAGGAGGUUUCUGGGCGCACAGAAGUCACUGUGAAACAGCCAGCUCCCAGCCCAGCCCAGACAAGCAUUUCCUGUCUCCAAACUGAAUCAUUCCUCCUCUGGCCCUUCCUCGACCCCGUGGUGUAG